UGUCGGUAAACUCCGGCUACAUUCAGCCCGACCCUUCCUCCUCACUUGUUCGUAUCAAUGCUGGGAUCCUGGUUCGGAAAUCCUUCGCAAGAAAGUAAUUUGUUUGAUGAUCCUCCUACACCAAUAGAAGCUCCCUCGGGUCCAGCGCAUUCCUUGACCUCAAAGUUACGCACCCCACAUGAUGCCAUUCUCGCCGACCUUCAUGGGGAAUAUGUCGAGCAAGCCGAAGAGGCUGCAAAGAGCCGUUAUUUCAACGUACCAUCGCGGCAUACAGAACCUCUUCGUGACCCAUAUGAUGGAUCUGUAGUCGGACAGGUCGUACCCGCCGAUCCACUGCUUCAUCUUGAUGUGCGAAUCCCAUACUAUGAUCCCAAAACAGACGAACUGCUAUGGUCGCAUUUGUCCAAGGUGUUGGAACUGCAAAGUGAGAUAGCUGUGCUACAUCUUGGGAUGGAGGUUAUUGGGACGAAGCAGGGAGACCAAGCUAAGGGCAAAGGCAGAGCAAACAAAGAUGAUACGUGGGAGGGAAAGGAAGACAAGGACAAGCAUGAUGUUGAUGAUGCAGCAGAGGUUGGAGAGUACGAGCGCGUCGAUGUCAGUCCAGAGGCCGAUGAGGAGAAACAAAACAGGGAGCGAGAAGCAGAAUUCGCCAAACUUUCUCAUCAAUUUGAAGGAAGAAAAGAGGGAAUCCUGGAAGUCAUGAGCAAACUUGACAAUCUUUCCAAGGCUCUCACCGACUUUCAUGCCCUUCAAGAGCCUAAAAUCGAUUUCCCUUUACCUCUCAAUAACGUGUCCCCGUCAGAUACCUCGUCCAGCUCCAUGUACAAAGAGAGGGUAACACCAACAACAAGCCUGUCGACAAUUGUGCCCCCCGCUACUCCUACGCGUGCGAUUCCGCCCGUCGCUAAUCUUAUUGUAAACACCCUUGAACCAGGCUCACAGACGCAUUUCAUCGACAGCCCUGAUUCACUAGCUGAACAUCAUUUUAGGCCAUAGCAGGAAUGGAGCUACCUUCCGCAGCCAACAAGGUCCCCAUCUAUGAUUUCCUAUGUCCGCCAUUGGAACGAGUCAGGAGACAAUGAGAUGGCGACGAUCCUAUUGUAGGUUUGAGGAUUAAGUAUUGACGAGAGCUCGAACUAAGUUUCUGGGCGUAACUCUUCACUUUAAACAUUGGGAGUACUUAGUAGAGGCGAAGACGUGGAGAUCAAUUAUAGAACUUUAGCUUUAAAUACGAGUUUCGAGUGAUGUCACCAACAUUGUCCCUCAUCUACUAUC